AUGAAUAAACCUGAUAAAGAGAAAAAGUACGCUAAAAGAUCUUUUACUAUAAAACAAAAACAAAAGUGCUGGUCUAAAGCAAGAAUGGUUGAAGGGAGGCAUCCAGACCGAUGGCGAUAUGAUCCACUUGGCAAUUUAGUCUGCAAUGCUCUUAGAGGCUGCUUACUCAUCCAAUGUGAGCGAACAAAUAUGUUUGUUCGCUCACGGAGAGGGUUAAUUGUUUUUUUAAAAAAAUUAUAUAGUAAAGCUUUUGUUUUUAAAAAUUAAAAUAUCCUAACUCUUUAAAGCAAAUAUUAAUUUAAUUUGUAAUAUUUAUGUUUUAAAAAUGAAAGCUUUUUAAAAUAAAACAGAAUUAGCUAGAGAUUUCAUUAUAUUAAUUAUCAAUUAUAUAUCAAAUAUUUUUUCAUAAAAAAUUUUUAUAUUAAAAACAUUUUGUUCGCUUGCGGAGGGUGGGAUUUUUAUCGAUAAUAGAAAUUUUCCCAUGGUUUUGUUCGCUCACGGAGGAGGGUUAGGUCCUCUAUGUCAUGAGUAUGACCACAUUUAUCCUUAUUCGCGAGGUGGCAAAACCUCGUCAAAAAAUUGCCAAAUCCUACAAACUAGAGUAAAUAGAUAUAAAAGCAAUCUCAUCAUGACUGAGGAAGAGCUUUCGUCUGCCAAUUUUAACAUGAAAUUUUCAGAAGACGAUCUUGAUACAAUUGAGAAAGCUGUUUACGGGGAUAUACAAAAAGUAUUUGAGUUUUAA